GGGAACCCUCAUGUGGUUUAAUAAAAAUAACUCUUCUCGUUGCGUUCCGCUCUUCAUUAAAAGCGCCUCUGUGACGCAGAGCUAAAAGCAGCCAGACCAGCCAUCCAACAAUCCAGCCAACCAACCAACCAGCCAACCAACCAUCCAUCCAGCCAGUUAGUCAGCCGGCCAAUCAAACCAGAUAAAACCGAAUUUAAUUCGAUUUAGGGGGUUUAUUCGCGUGCUCUUGCCCGAUUGUUGUUACUGUUCGCGUCUUGGCUGGAACUGACUCGACUUGGCCGAUAGUAAAGAUGUUACGAGUGUGUCUAAGUUUUAGUGUGCGAAUGAUUGUGAAUGAGCGUGGAGAGUCGGAGAAUUGUUAUGAAUUGAGUAAACAAACGAAACAAGCUAAUAACCGCAAUCGCAAGCGAAUCGGUCCCACAAAGAACGUGUUAAGCGCUCCGCCAAGAGAGCCCGAGCCCGUUCGUGUUGAAUUCGGCCACAAACACUUGUUGAAAAACCCACCACAGCACACCAGUGUGCGUGAGUUGGUACUAAGGCCAACCGCUGCCAGAUCCGAAGCCACAGCGGAAGCAGCGGAGCAGCAGAGCAGCAGAGCAGCUGACUGGCGCAAAAAGCCAUAA